CUUUAGUUACAAUGUCUUAGGGAAAUGAAUCUACAAUAAGACAAAUUUCAAAUCAAGUUGCUCCACUAUCCUACACAAGCAGCUUAGAAUCUUAAGCAGAUGCAAAAAGAAUAUAGCAAAUGGGAGGGAAAAAAAAAGGCCGAUAAAGUUUCUGGCUACAAUACAAGAGACAUAUCAUUACCAUAUGAUCUAAUGUGGGUGUCAGCCGGAUUGUGUUCAUUGAGGGAAACCUUAUUUUUUAACUGUGCUAUGGAGUAGAAGCAGGAGGUUUUCAACUUAGUGACAGUCACAGAGCAGCACCUAUCCCCUCCUCCUUUCCACACCUGCAAACUCUUUUACUUGGGCUGCAUAUUUAGUGUAAUUACAUCUCAGCUUUGAGGGCUCCCGUGGCAAAUUCCUGGAUUAAAAGGUAUGGCUUUCAAUAAUUGUCCUGAACUCUGCUACAGACUAAUAAAACUUCGGUCAAACUGAGAGCAAAAGGGAUUAUUUGGUUUCCUGGUUGUGAAAAUACAUGAGAUAAAUCAUGAAGGCCACUAUCAUCCUCCUUCUGCUUGCACAAGUUUCCUGGGCCGGACCGUUUCAACAGAGAGGCUUAUUUGACUUUAUGCUAGAAGAUGAGGCUUCUGGGAUAGGCCCAGAAGACCCUUAUGACCCCGGUUUAGAGGCACCCCUAGGCCCAGUGUGCCCCUUCCGGUGUCAAUGCCAUCUUCGAGUGGUCCAGUGUUCUGAUUUGGGUCUGGACAAAGUGCCAAAGGAUCUUCCCCCUGACACGACUUUGCUGGACCUGCAAAACAACAAAAUAACUGAAAUCAAAGAUGGAGACUUUAAGAACCUGAAGAACCUUCAUGCAUUGAUUCUUGUCAACAACAAAAUUAGCAAAAUUAGCCCUGGAGCAUUUACACCUUUGGUGAAGUUGGAACGACUUUAUCUGUCCAAGAAUCACCUGAAGGAAUUGCCAGAAAAAAUGCCCAAAACUCUUCAGGAGCUGCGUGCCCAUGAGAAUGAAAUCGCCAAAGUGCGAAAAGCUACUUUCAAUGGACUGAACCAGAUGAUUGUCAUAGAACUGGGCACCAACCCACUGAAGAGCUCAGGAAUUGAAAAUGGGGCUUUCCAGGGAAUGAAGAAGCUCUCCUACAUCCGCAUUGCUGAUACCAAUAUCACCAGCAUUCCUCAAGGUCUUCCUCCUUCCCUUACUGAAUUACACCUUGAUGGCAACAAAAUCAGCAAAGUUGAUGCAGCUGGACUAAAAGGACUGAAUAAUUUGGCUAAGUUGGGACUGAGUUUCAACAGCAUCUCUGCUGUCGAAAACGGCUCUCUGGGCAACACACCUCAUCUGAGGGAGCUUCACUUGAACAACAACAAGCUUACUAGAGUACCUCCUGGGCUGGCAGAGCAUAAGUACAUCCAGGUUGUCUACCUUCAUAACAACAAUAUCUCUGUAGUUGGAUCAAGUGACUUCUGCCCACCUGGACACAACACCAAAAAGGCUUCUUAUUCGGGUGUGAGUCUUUUCAGCAACCCGGUCCAGUACUGGGAGAUACAGCCAUCUACCUUCAGAUGUGUCUACGUGCGCUCUGCCAUUCAGCUCGGAAACUAUAAGUAAUUCUCAAGAAAGCCCCCAAUUUUAUAACCUGGCAAAAUCUUGUUAAUGUCAUUGCUAAAAAACAAAUAAAAGCUAGAUACUGGAAACCUAACUGCAAUGUGGAUAUUUUACCCACAUGACUUAUUAUGCAUAAAGCCAAAUUUCCAGUUUAAGUAAUUGCCUAAAAUAAAAAGAAAUUUUGCCUGCCAUUUUCAGAAUCAUCCUUUGAAGCUUUCUGUUGAUGUUAACUAAGCUACUAGAGAUAUUCUUAUUUCACUUAAUGUAAAAUUUGGAGUAAAUAUAUAUGUCUAUAUUUAGUAAAGCUUUUCUUUUUUAAUUUCCAGGAAAAAAUAAAAAGAGUAUCUUCUGUAAAUCAUUGAGCAGUUAGCUCCUUUGAGAUAAAGUCAAAUGUCAAUCACUAGCUCUGUAUUAACCCCCAUUAUUACUGGUAAAGCCUCAUUUGAAUGUGUGAAUUCAAUACAGGCUGUGUAAAAUUUUUGCUACUGUCAUUAUUUUGAAAAAAUAAAUUUAAAAAUACAUUCAAAAUU